AUGUCCGUCCCAAAGAACCUCGUCGUCGUUGGCGGAAGCUAUGUCGGCGUCAACGUGGCCCAGCAGCUGGCCGUGGCCUUGAGUGACGCGUUCCGCGUCGUGCUCGUUGAGAAGAACUCGCACUUCAACCACUUGUUUGCGUUCCCGCGGUUCGCAGCGACGGCCAAGGUCGACACCAAGAAGGCGUUCAUCCCCUACAAUCCAGGCACCUUUGCGGCGGCGCCCGGCGUGCACAACAACACGGUCGUCCAGGCCAAGGCGACGGGCCUGACCCGCACGGCCGUCGAGCUAGACCGUGCUGUAUCGUUGGGGGCUGCCGGGAGCGAGCCGGUCCGCAGCAUCCCCUACGAGUAUCUGGUGCUCGUGACGGGCACGCAGAUGGUGCCGCCCUCGGCCGUGCCCGGGACUGAGAAGCGCGACGGCGUGGCGUACCUGCAGCAGCACGCGGACCGGGUGGCGGCGGCGCAGCGGAUCGUGCUUGUGGGCGGCGGCGCCGUGGGCGUGCAGAUGGCCACCGACAUCAAGGAGCUGUACCCCGCCAAAGACGUGACGCUUGUGCAUUCGCGCGCGACGGUCAUGAACCGCUUCCACACGGACCUAGACGCGAUCGUCAGGGCGCGGUUCGCCGAGCUGGGCAUCCACACCAAGCUGGGCUCGCGUGUCGUGUCGCCCACUGUGAGUACGGCCGCUCGCGCCGAUGGGACGCCGCUCGAGGUGGUGUGCCAGGACGGCGCGCGGCUGGCGACGGACCUGGUGAUUGUGUGCACGGGCCAGACGCCGCGGUCGGGCCUGCUGGCGGCGCUGUCGCCGUCAUCGAUCGGCGCGUCUGGGUUUGUGCGCGUGCGCGACACGCUGCAGGUGCACGACGCGACGCUCGACAAUGUGUUUGCGAUUGGCGACGUGGCGGACUCGGGCGCCCCCAAAGCAGCAAGGCCAGCCGCCAAGCAAGCCACGGUCGUGGUGCAAAACAUCCAGCACCUGCUCAACGACGAGCCGCUCGACACGUACUCGAGCAUUGAGCCGGCAGGGAUUCACAUGACGCUGGGCUUGACCAAAAACAUUGUGUUCCGCAACCCUCAGCCGGGUGAAAAGCCGCACGUUGUGCCCAGAGAGGACGGCACGUACGACAUGGGCAUUGACGGCGUAUGGGCCCGCCGCGGCGGCGGCAUCGACGCCAACUUAUAA